CUAAAGUUGUUUAUCUAAAAUGAACGCUUUGCAAUAAAUGCAAGAAUGUCAUCAUAUAUAUUCACACACGGCAGCCAGCCGGCCGGCGGUCCAUACAAAAAUACAACCGGCCGGCGGCAAUAUCAUAUAUAUGGCAGCACACAUGCUGAGCUAAUUACUAAUUAGUCACAUUGCACAAUACAGUGAAAAGUUCAAUUGGAGCAAUUUUAUUUGUAAUGAUUUUAGGCAUGCAUGUAAAAAUGGAGCAAAGAUUUUCAUUAAAGCUGGGGAUCAUCGUCAACAAAUCGCAAGCUUUAUUAACAGUCUUUUGAACUUUUAAUAGUUAGUUGUAAAAUCGGAAACUGGUGAAGUCGCAAACUUCAGAUAGACCCCCUCCCCCCUACUGAAAUCAUGAAGCUGGUCAGCAGAGAUCUUGAGAAAGACGGAGCAGGGCAAGUGACCCUAGUCCCUGAGGAGUCAGAGGACAUGUGGCACGCUUUUAACCUCGUCCGCUCCGGUGACAGUCUGAGGUCAACCACGGUGAGAAAGGUCACCACGGAGUCUUCGACUGGAAGUAGCAGCAGCAGCAGAGUGCGCACCAUGCUGACCAUUUCAGUUGAGGAUGUGGACUUUGACGUGCUGGCUUGCGUGCUGCGAGUCAAGGGACGUAAUAUACAAGAGAACCAAUAUGUUAAGAUGGGGGCCUACCAUACACUAGAUUUAGAACUUAAUCGGAAGUUCACUCUUGCCAAGCAGUUAUGGGAUGUGAUUGAUCUGGAAAGGAUAGAAAUGGCAUGUGACAUCGCACAGAGUGCAGAUGUCGCCGCUGUGGUGAUGCAAGAGGGGUUAGCUCUAAUAUGUCUGGUCACCCCUAGCAUGACAGUGGUACGGGCCAAGGUGGAGCACAAUAUACCGCGGAAACGCAAGGGCUCAUGCUCGCAGCACGACAAGUCUUUGUUACGCUUCUACGAGGCUGUAAUGCAAGCAAUACUAAGGCACAUCAACUUUGACGUUGUUAAAUGUGUGCUUGUUGCAAGUCCUGGCUUCGUGAAGGAUCAGUUUUGUGAAUACAUGUUCCAAGAGGCAAUCAAACUUGAAACCAAAGUACUCCUGGAGAACAAGCCAAAGUUCCUUCAAGUGCAUUCCUCAUCCGGGCAUAAACACGCACUCAAAGAGGUGUUAUCCAACCCAGCGGUUUCAGCGAGGUUAUCUGACACCAAGGCGGCAGGUGAAGUCAAGGCGCUGGAUUCCUUCUAUCAGAUGUUGCAGAAUGAACCAGACAGGGCUUUCUAUGGAGCGAACCAAGUGGAGAUGGCUAAUGAUGGCCUGGCUAUAGAAACACUACUCAUCAGUGAUCAACUCUUCAGGUCUCAGGAUAUUGCACAAAGGAAGCGAUAUGUGACAUUAGUUGAGAGUGUCCGGGAAAACGGAGGAGACGUCAAACUAUUUUCCAGUCUCCACGUCUCAGGAGAACAACUCACACAGUUGACUGGAGUAGCAGCUAUUUUAAGAUUUCCAAUGCCAGACAUUGACGAGUUGAGUGAAGAUGAGUCCAGCUCUGAUGAAGAGUGAAUGCUGAAUUAAGAGUGAAAACUCACUGUAAUCAAAGAGUAAAAUAUCACCUAUCUUCAUGAGUGAGAACUCCAGUGAAAACUCGCUGAGCCAACCUCACCAGUGAAACUCUCCAAACUCCAAUGUGAAAAGCCACAAGCUAAAAGAGUGAUUGCUGAAUUAAGAGUGAAAACUCGCGGUAUAAAUCAAAGAGUGAAAAAUCACCUAUCUUCGUGAGUGAAAACUCCAGUGGAAACUCACUGAGCCAACCUCACCAGUGAAACUUCAAAGUUAAAAGCAACAAGCUAAAAGAGUGUUUGCUGAACUAAGAAUGAAGACUGGCGGUUAUCAAAGAGUGAUAACUCACAGCGUUAAUUGAGAAACUUGAGAGUUGAAAUUCAUCCAGCUUGGAGAGAAACUCGCUGAUCACAAGACGAAUGAUCCAUGAGUUGUUUGACCUCCCUUUGCAAUGUUCCAAAGAGGUGGUCAGGUCCUUAGGCCCAAUACUUCACGAAUGGUGAUUCGCCUCAGUGCCCUCUGGUCAUUGCCUUGGUGGCCUUGAAAUGCUCCAGUAGAAAUUUACAAUUUCCUCAUAGGGUGCUCUUUACCAAGGUAAAAUACCUUGGUGCCCUUGCCCUUUCAACAACGAAGCAUACAGGCCUUGGUCCUGCCAUGCUCACACCCCCUGACGUGUGUAAUCACCUGCAAUCAGGGAACUCCUAUUGACCCUCUUGUGUUUGUACUCACACUUUUUGGCAACAGCUCCUAUUUGUUUAGUAGGCUACCCACUUUCCAACUUGGGACCUUCACCCAACUAGGGGCCCUUAUUGUCUCCUUUUUUAAAUGGGUCCUCCGUUUGAAUGUUUCUACCCACCCACGCAGACUUUUAUAAAGGAAUUUUCUUAAAUUUAUCCACGGAAAGCAAGUGCCAAUUCUGACUACAUACAGAAUGGAUUUGCUUAAUCCUCAUUGUGAAUAAGUCUCAACUGUUGUGUUUUCUAUCCUAUUUAAUAUUUACUGGCUGUUUUUAACUGAAGCAUGUGUUUUACCAUAAUAUAUCUAAGUCAAUCCUGUAUGAAAGUUGUGGUUUUCUGAGGGUUAGCUGAUUGGGUACCACGGAAUACCUGAUUGGGUAUAAGGGUAACCCGAUUGGGUAUUUAGUGUUAACAGAUUGAGUACCAAGGGUUACCCGAUUGGGUAUUUAGUGUAAACAGAUUGAGUACCUCUGGUAUCCUCAAAUGAAAGUGUUCUAUCUGGGUAUAACUAUGUCCGAGCUCAGGGAGUUUGUAUUUCUGCUUCAUAUAAUUAUGUCUCCUUGUUGAGGAAUAAUGAUAGGCUGUGGCUUAAUUAAUGGCUUCAGCUGUGGCUUUGGCUGGAUCACCAAAACGUCCUCUUCUUCAACUGUGUUGUUUGAUAGGGAUGCAGCCAGAUCUUCGCUCAGAGUAGAGGGCUCAAAUGGGGGUGUAUUAAGGCAUGUUCGACUCGGGGAGUUUGCAUAAAAUCUACAUAGAUGUCUCCCUGUUAGGGACCAUAGAUAUUUUCAUUUGAAGAGGAGAGUAUCUGAUUGAGGUACUUAAGUAUAUCCCAGUUUAGGUAAUUUGCAUUUCUUCCUAAAUGUCUCCUUGUUUAGGACUAAUGAUAUCUACUUUUAGAGAAGAUGGUUCCAAUGGGGGUCGAUGUAAAUCCCAACUCAGGAAGUUUGUAUUGUCCACACGAAUGUCUCCUUGUUUAGGUACCAAUAAUACCCCAGUGGAGAUGAUAUUGUUCCAAUGGGGUAUAAAGUAUAUUCCAAAAUCCAGUAUUCCAAAAGAGUAUUACACUUUGGAGAGUUUUUCUGUCUAUAUCUCCCCAAAAGUGGAUAGUAUAGACCUAAACAUGGUGCGGCCAUCUUGAUUUCCUCCAGUCUAAACCAUUGUUACCAAACAGAGGCUGGAAGAAAAAAUAGUCUGGUUUCUUUAUGAAUACUAUAAUUUAUUAUUGGAUAAAAGGAACAAGACUCCAAGAUGGUGGCAGCACGGCCAUGGUCUAUUGGGAGCAAAUUUGAUGUACAAUAUCACAACUCAUUGCCCUUUCCAAUGGACAAUGAACUGCCAAACAAAAAAUAUAAAGUUUCACAGAAGACGUACGGAUUUGAUGUUACAAUUAUAUUUAAUAACAUUGAGGGAAUUCAGUAUUUAAUAUAAAUAACAUCACAAUAGGUUAAAGUCAAGUAUUGUUGGAUGACUACCAUUUUCUUAUUUGCUUAACUAUAGCAUAUAUGGGGAGCACAGAAAGUUUUACUUGCCAAGCAGUAAUUUUUCCCAUCUGAAAUAUCCCAGGAUAUAAAUUUGUGAUGAGUUCCCUCCUGAUGUUUACUUAAUAGCUUGUAAAUUUGUGAAUCAAAACUUUGCUUAGAUUGUUUUUUUUGGUCAAUGCGAUGCUUAUUUAUAGGCCUAUCUCAGUUUAGACUCUGUGGUAAGUUGUGGUGUAGUGUACAUUUCACAUGGUACAUUUCACAGUGGCUAAACUAUUCAAAAGAGCUGUGCUAAGCAAACAUGGAGCACAAACAGUUUUACUUGCCUGGCAGUAAUGUUUCCCCAUCUGAAAUAUCCAAGGAUAUAGAUUUGUUUACUUGGCUUGUAAAUUUGUGAAUCAAAAUUAUGCUUUAGAUUAAUAGAUUUUUGUCCCUGUGAUGCUUAUUUAUUGGCAAAUCUCAGCUUGGGCUCCGUCAUAAAGUGUGGAUCAGUGUACACCCACCACUAUUGGAAAACAAAAAGCUUCCACAAUCGACCUUACAGCAUCAGCCACUCUAGCUCACUAGCAGUCUUCAAGAAAUCUCUAAAAACCCACUUGUUUAAAGCAAUUGGACACUUUCGGUAAACAGUUUCGUCCAAGGCCCACACUUCCUGUAUCACAACUGCUAUAUAAAUUCACAAACCUGUGAAAAUUUAGGCUCAAUCGGUCAUCGGAGUCGGGAGAAAAUAAUGGGAAAACCCACCCUUGUUU